GCCCUAUGACAAUGAAUGGGGUUUUGUUUUGCUCCUUUUGCUGUUAUCAUCGUUUCUGGAGAGUGGCGUCUCGAUCUCAGUCUUGGUGUUAGGGCUUCGCGCGGUUUAACCUCUUAUUCUUCUUCUUCGUCUGUUGCUCUGGGGCUAAGCAUGGAUCACAGCCUAGAUUUCAACGCCCCUCAUUCCAUGGGGACGACAAUCGUCGGUGUCACUUACAAUGGUGGCGUUGUUCUCGGCGCUGACUCCCGAACCAGCACCGGAGUAUACGUUGCUAAUCGGGCUUCUGACAAAAUCACACAACUGACAGAUAAUGUCUAUGUUUGUCGCUCUGGAUCGGCUGCAGAUUCGCAGAUAGUGUCUGAUUAUGUCCGCUACUUCCUUCACCAACACACAAUACAGCUUGGACAACCUGCUACUGUCAAAGUGGCAGCUAACCUUGUCCGCCUUCUAUCUUAUAACAACAAGAACUUUUUAGAGACUGGCUUAAUUGUUGGUGGAUGGGACAAAUAUGAAGGGGGACAAAUUUAUGGAAUUCCUUUGGGGGGAACGAUAGUACAGCAACCUUUUGCUAUUGGAGGUUCUGGCUCAAGUUACUUGUAUGGGUUUUUUGACCAAGCAUGGAAAGAAGGGAUGACCAGGGAUGAAGCAGAGGAAUUAGUAAGAAAAGCAGUUUCACUGGCUAUCGCACGUGAUGGUGCAAGUGGUGGUGUUAUACGCACUGUGAUUAUAAAUUCGGAAGGAGUGACUAGGAACUUUUACCCAGGGGACAAACUUCCUCUGUGGCAUGAGGAGCUGGAGCCACAGAAUUCUCUGUUGGACAUUCUUAGCUCUCCUAGUCCUGAGCCCAUGAACAUGUAGGCCCUUUCUUACGCAACCUGCUAUGCCGUGCUGAGUUUUUUUAGGCUCCUUGCAACCGCUUUACUGAGCCUGAAUGUGUACUUUGCAAUGUGCUUUUAUAUUAUCGUGACGUAAUUUUUUCUUUUCGGAUGCACAAUUUAGAUAAAAGGAUUAUUAGUUCUUAAACAAAUAAUAUUACUUGUGAAGAAUUCUGUACAUUCA